AUGGAGAAAGCGCGGCCGCUGUGGUCGAACCCGCUACAGUUUGUGUUCGCCUGCAUCUCCUAUGCCGUGGGCCUGGGCAACGUGUGGCGCUUCCCCUAUCUGUGCCAGCUGUACGGCGGAGGCAGCUUCCUGAUCCCCUACAUUGUGAUGCUCCUGGUGGAGGGGAUGCCACUCCUGUACCUGGAACUGGCUGUGGGGCAGCGCAUGCGCCAGGGCAGCAUCGGCGCCUGGAGGACCAUCAGCCCCUACCUCAGCGGAGUCGGCGUCGCCAGUGUGGUGGUCUCCUUCUUCCUGUCCAUGUACUACAACGUCAUCAACGCCUGGGCCUUCUGGUACCUCUUCCACUCCUUCCAGGACCCCCUGCCGUGGUCUGUGUGUCCCCUGAACGAGAACCGCACAGGCUACGAUGAGGAGUGCGAGAAGGCGACCUCCACGCAGUACUUCUGGUACCGGAAGACCCUCAACAUCUCGCCAUCCAUCCAGGAGAGCGGCAGCUUGCAGUGGGAGCCAGCACUGUGCCUCAUCCUGGCCUGGCUCGUGGUGUACCUGUGCAUCCUGCGUGGCACUGAGUCCACUGGGAAGGUGGUGUAUUUUACAGCAUCGCUGCCCUACUGUGUGCUCCUCAUCUACCUGAUCAGGGGCCUCACACUCCACGGAGCCACCAACGGCCUCAUGUACAUGUUCACUCCCAAGGUGCAGCAGCUGGCCAACCCCAAGGCCUGGAUCAACGCGGCCACGCAGAUCUUCUUCUCCCUGGGCCUGGGGUUCGGCAGCCUGAUCGCCUUCGCCAGCUACAAUGAGCCCUCCAACAACUGCCAGAAGCACGCGGUCAUCGUCUCCCUCAUCAACAGCUUCACCUCCAUAUUCGCCAGCAUCGUCACCUUCUCCAUCUACGGCUUCAAGGCCACCUUCAACUACGAGAGCUGCCUGAAGAAGGUGAUCUUGCUGCUGACCAACACAUUUGACCUGGAGGAUGGCUUUCUCACAGCCGCCAACCUGGAACAGGUGAAGGACUACCUGGCAGCCACCUACCCCAGUGAAUACAGCGCCCUCUUCCCGCACAUCCAAAACUGCAGCCUGGAGGCGGAGCUGGACACGGCUGUCCAGGGCACAGGCUUGGCGUUCAUCGUCUACACGGAGGCCAUCAAGAACAUGGAGGUGUCACAACUGUGGUCAGUACUCUACUUCUUCAUGCUGCUGCUGCUGGGCGUGGGGAGCAUGCUGGGCAACACGGCGGCCAUCCUCACCCCUCUGACCGACAGCAAGUUCAUUUCUAGCCUGCUGCCCAAGGAGGCUAUCUCAGGUCUGGUGUGCCUCAUCAACUGUGCCGUUGGCAUGGUGUUCACCAUGGAGGCUGGCAACUACUGGUUUGACAUCUUCAACGACUAUGCGGCCACACUGUCCCUGCUGCUCAUUGUCCUGGUGGAGGCAGUCGCUGUGUGCUACGUGUACGGGCUGAGGAGAUUUGAGCGGGACCUCCAGGGCAUGACCGGCCGCCCCCUCAGCUGGUACUGGAAGGCCAUGUGGGCCGUUGUGAGCCCGCUGCUCAUCGUCAGCCUCUUCAUCUUCUACCUGAGCGACUACAUCCUCACGGGGACCCUGCAGUACCAAGCCUGGGAUGCCACCCAGGGCCAGCUGGUGACCAGGGACUACCCCCCGUACGCGCUCGCCGUCAUCGGGCUGCUCGUGGCCUGCUCCAUCAUGUGCAUUCCCCUGGUGGCCAUGGGGACCUUCAUCCUGCGUCACCGCAAGAGGGGAGACACAGCCUCCAUGUCCUGA